GAGGCGUUGUUCCAAAAGGAAGGCCUGGACAUGGCGCUUGAGAACUUCCAGGCGGACGCGGCGCGCAUGAGGUCGUCCCUGAGGGAGACCGACAGGCUCCUGGAGGAGCAGGCCGCCCUGGCGGAGUUCCGGCAGCUGGGCGCGAGCCCUGCGGCCCAGCAGCAGUUCCUGAACCAGCAGCGCGUCAUACAGGAGCAGCAGCGCCUGCGGGAGGAGCUGGAGCGCGAGAGAGGCCUCGAGCAGCAGAGGCGGCGCAACCUGGAACGGGGCAUCACGGCGGGCGCCGUCUCGUUGCCGGCGGGCCCCUCGCCCGACGACGCGAGGGCGGCGGGGCUGGAGGGCCCCCGCGCUGCGGCCGCCAGCCCGCAGCACGAGGUCCUGCGCAACCUGUCGCCGGAGGGGGCGGCACCGCGGUCCUACUUCCCAGAGGACCGCCCCGCCUCGCGGCAGCUCCAGCGAGAGCUGGCCGCGCGCGCCGAACGCGAGGGCUGGCCCGAGGCCUCGGCCCUGCCCGCCGCCAACGGGCGCGGUGCGCUGCCGCGGGCGCCGGUGAGCCCGGAGCGCGAGGAGCUGCUGCCCGAUGCCCGCGGGCCCGGCGAAGAGCCCCCGGGCGAGGUGCGCAGGCCCUCGUUCGCUGGGCAGGGCUUCUUCGCGGGCUUCGAGGAGCUAAGGGCGCACGGCGCCCGCGACGAGCCGCCCUCCCAGACGCCGCACUUCGCGGCCUUCGCUGGUUUCGGCGGAGCACCGGCCCCCGCGCCCCGCCUCGCGGCGUUCGCAGGCGCAGAGGGCGAGGGGGGCGCCCGGCCGCGCCGCGGCCCCGCGCAGCCUGGCGGCGGGCCCCGUCCCGAGGCCCGCAGCGUCACGCCCCAGCGCCGGGCAUCGUCGCGGCGGCGCAGCAACUUCAACUUCGGCGCCGGCCAGGCCCAGGCCGGCGGGUCUUCGCCCUCGCGGCCGCCGGUCCGGAGUAGCUUCUUGGGAACGGCGCCCGCGGCGGGGGCGAGGCCUGGAGCGCGCCGUCGCAGCGUGCGGAGCUCGACGGACGACAGCGCGGGCGGCGGCGGCCUCGAUCCGCUGGACGAGGCGCCUGGCUUCUUCGGCAGCCUCUUCGCCGCGCCUGUGGCGUCCGUGAACAAGGCUACGCGCCUCCUUACGAGAAGGCCGCCGGACCCGGGCGAGCGCUACGUGGACGGGGCGUGCCUGGACCUCGCGCCGGCUUUGUGCCCGCCAGACCUGGCCGCAAUCAAGGAGGCCGGCCCGGCGGCAGUGGAAGAGGCGUACGAGCAGGCGCUGGCGGCCCAGCGCGACGGUCUGCUCGGCGAGAGGGACGGUGCGCAGGUCGUCCUGGACUACGUCGCCGCGGUGGCAGGCAGCGGGGAGUCCCUCGCGAAGGGCGGCGAGGUGUCGGCACACGUGCGGCUGGUGUCGGACAUGCUUGCCUUCUAUCCGAAGGUCGUGCAGAUACACCUGUGGGGGCUCGAGGCGCUGAUGGCGCUGUUCCGGCACGAGGGCUGGGAUAGGGCCGAGAGCCUGGCCCGGCCCAUCCUCGACGCGGUGACCGACCUCAUGGACACCCACGAGAGGAGCCCCUCGCUGCACGAGGCGGUGCCAGACCUGCCCAAGAGGAUGCUGGCCGCCAUGGCCCUGGUGCUCACCCCUUCGACCAGCGGGCGGCUGCACAGAGGGCACGUCGACUUCGCGCUGCGCGUCGUGCAGGAGCUGGAGGCCGGGCCCAUCGUCACGGAGCACGGGCUCCACGUGCUGCUGGACGCCCGCUCGCCCCACCGGCUGCGCGAGCAGGCCGAGGCCGCGCGCAGUGCGCUGCGCGGCUUCCAGUCCGAGCCACGCCUUGCGCCGAGGGCGCUGCUGGCGCUGCGGGAGGCCUACCUGGUCGCCGCCGAGAGCGCCAGCACAGGUGUCGCUGGUGGCGAGCUCGACCUCACCGAGCGAGCCGCGGCGUCCGGCAAGGCGCCCAAGGGCGCACGCGUGCCCCUGGGCCUGCGCGAGAUCACCACGGCCAUGGACCUGUACGCGCAGGACCGGAAGAUCCAGGGGGCAGGGGCCAUGGCGCUCGCCGCAGCCGUGAGCGUGCCCGGCAUAAGCCUGGCGGCGGCCAGCCAGGAGGGCGCCAUCCGGGCCGUGACCCUCGCGCAGCAAAGGUUCUCCUCGAGCCGGUCGGUCGCGCUGCAGUUCUGCAGGGUGAUGGGCAUCUUGGCACAGAGGGAGCCAGAACUCCUCAGCGCUGAGGCUGCACUGGACGUGACCCAAGCUGGCCUCACCUUCCAGCGGGACAAUGACAUUGCCGUCGCGGCGCUGGAGGCGCUGCACUCGUUGGCCCCUCGGCUCCGGGAGCUGGCCACAGGCCCGAGCGAGCGCCUGGAGCUGUUCGCGAGAGACUUGGUGCAGUUGGGCGAGGGGCGCCACACAGACCCGUACGCCCUAGCGCUUAUCGUGGUGGUGCUCGCCGUGGCGGCCAGCGAUGGUCUCGGCACCGACCCAGGCGGCACCGCUGGCGAGAAGUGGCGGGCUGCGUUCGGACGAGCUGCCGUGGUUGUACUGCCAAUGCGUGCGCUGUACGAGCACCCGGCUGACACAGAGCUCGUCUGCGCGUCUGCGGUUGCGCUGCGGUGCCUGACCUACGGCUGCGCCGCAUCCUGCGCGCACGCCGGCCGCGUGAAGGCUGCCUCCGUGCUGCUGGGGACGCUGGCGCGCCACGUGGCACACCCAGACACGUCGCGCGAGUUGUUGUCGGCGCUCGGGAACUGCGCGUCCGACCGUGCAGUCUUCCAGGAGUUCCAGGGCACCUCGGAGCGCGUCCAAGACGUGAUCUACGAGGCGAUGGAGUCGUGCGCGCGCCACGAGCCCGACGUCCUGAUGCAGGGCUGCCGCGCCCUGGUCGCCCUCGGCGCCCUGCCAGACAUGGGGCGCGUCAACGCGGCGAUGCUCAGCGCGGGCGUCGGGGCCUGCGAGCGCAACGGCGAGGAGGUUCAGACCGUCAGCCUGUUCGGCAAGGUCGAGAUCAGCGCCGCCGUCACCCGGCGCCGCGAGCGCCUCGCGGAGCUCUGCGGGGGGCUCCUGCACCCCGAGCGCGCCCUGCGCCUGGCCGCGGGGCCGCACUUCGGGCGCCUGGUGGACGUGCAGGGGGAGCCCACGCCCGAGUGCCUCGCACACCGCCGCGGCAGCGCUGCAGCAGACGGCCCCGCGCGGCGGCCCAGGUCGGCCAGGCGCGCCGGCCCCGACGCCUAGGGGCUGCUGGGCCUGGAGACGCAGGGCCGCCCCCGGCCGACGCGCUCUUCCCCCUGCUCGGCGGUGCCUUCGCGGCAGCGCUCUGGAAGGCGGCGGCCCCGUGGCCCGGGGCGGCUGACCUGGGCGCGCCGGCCGACGCGCCCUUCGUUCGGCGGCGCGCCGAGGGGGGGCCCUGAGAUCUGGGCGUUGCAAAUUUUUGUUCGCACCAGGCGUUAGCUCCUGCACCCGACCUCUUCUCACGCGCUCUUUUCUUCACUGGCCAAGCGGUCCCCCCUGUGACCCAGCCGGCUGCAGAG